GUGAAAGAUAAAAGGUAUGAAAUUUCUAUUUAACUACAAAAUAGUGAUUAAAAAAGUGAUUAAGUGUUUUAUACAAACGUCCCCAGACCUGUUGUUGUGGCAAGCUCGCAAAAUAAAAGCCUUUAUAAUUAUCAAAAAAUGAAUCGUAGCACGUGAUGUGGCGUAAUUUCUUAAAUGGUUGUUUUCUUUAGAAAUUAAACCUGAGUAACUGAUGUUUGAUUCUUAUGACGUUGAACAUUUCAGGAAAAUUAUCUUACACACGUAUCCGAUUCUGUGUUGACAUAGGAUUUGGAUAAAGCAAUGCAUGCCCACGGUGGAGCCAACAACGAGUCCUCCCAAUGAGGCGGCGUGACAAGACGUAGCUAGAGGAUGCAACUCGGCGAUCCAUCUACAUGUUUAGUUUCUGAUUUUUUUUCAAUUAGUAAUUUUAAAUAAAGGAUUAACGGUGAAUUUUCUUUAAUUUAUUGCGGGCCAUAGGCGUACGGGACGGGAGGGGGGCAGGGGGGGGCCACAACUGCCCCCCAAAAAGAUUACAAAGUCGAAAAGUCGGCCAAAUGUUUAACAAAAGUCGGGCAAAAAGUAGUCAAAGCAACAAAAUCUCUCGUAAUAAUAACCCCAGUUUGUUGGGCAAACCAAGCCAGUUGAGCAAUAUUCGCUUCACAGUCGGGCAAUAGGGCAAAAUUGGGUUAUUAUAAAAAUAAAUGGGAUAAAUUCUGCAAAUUUUGCGGGAAAUUAUGUAAAUUUUGUGAUGUUUGGGAAAAUUUGUUUGAAGUUCCGAAAAAUUUUGGUAUGUGCGAAAAAUUUUUAGACCCCUAAUGGUACACUGAAAUUUUUUUGGCGACGGGGGGUGGGGGGGGAGGUCUCCAAAAUUUAUUGUUCCGGAAAAAAAUUUUUCGGGCACUGGUCGGGUACAAUUCGAAAAAGUCGGGCAAAUUUCUUUUUGCCCCCCUAAUUUUUUCCUUCCCGUACGCCUAUGUUGCGGGCUGUAUGUAUGUAUGUAUGUAUGUAUGUAUGUAUGUAUGUAUGUAUGUAUGUAUGUAUGUAUGUAUGUAUGUAUGUAUGUAUGUAUGUAUGUAUGUAUGUAUGUAUGUAUGUAUGUAUGUAUGUAUGUAUGUAUGUAUGUAUAUAACAUAAACCCUAAUGAUUAUCAACUAGGUAAGUAUUAGUAAAUAUUGUUGCAAAAUCUUUGUCCAAGGGGAAGGAAAUUCUCCUCAUUAUAUUCCAAGAAAACCUCCGCAAUUAUAAAAAAAAUGCAGUUUCAUAAGAUUCCGACAUAGUGAAGCUAUUUUAUGUUCAAACCACAUCAAUGAUCUAAUAGUAAGAUCGCUGUAAUAAACGACAGCUUAUUAAAAUCAUUAUCAUACCUAUCUUUUGAACCUUACAAUUGCAAAGAAGUGAUUAUUAUGCAUACAAUCUGCAAAGUUAUUAUAAGACAAUGGCGUGAUUUUUAAAAACCAAGUUCACCAAAACACGAAUAAUCUGAGAGCGGAUUAGACAGUAAUAUCAAAAGCCGUAUUGCCCUUGUCUGCUGAUGUUUUUCCCGUCCACGACGAAGCAAAGUUAUUGUCUCGAAUACGGUAUAAUGUUACGAACAAUCAAAUAGUAAUAAAAUAACGCUAUAAAACGGCAAGAGUGAAAUGAGUAAAACAAAAGAAUAGCAGCAAAAUUACGAUAGACAAAAACUUAAUGUUCUAAAAAUGUAUUUCAAAAGCUAGUUUUCAACGAAAGGAAAUCAUCAAAACUUGAACAACAUCAUUGCCUGAACAAUUAACCUCAUUACUUGAACAUUUGUAGUAGUUAGACCGUUUGAACGUAAGCUGUAUAAACUCGUAGGCCUACAAUCUUUUGGUCAUGGUUGACCGUUAAGUAAACUGCCUUUUUCGCUUGCAGAAUCACCAACUUGAAAAGUAUUUUGGAAAUUCUUGGUUAGCUAUAACGAUUGAGCGUUUAAUAAAUGUGUCGUUUAGAUCUUUUUUCGUCCCUUAAUUUACUUUUUUAAACAACUUUUAAUUAAUUAAAAGCAGCAUUUUUAUUUAAUUUGUGGCAGAUAAUAAUUCAGCUGGAUGAGGAUUGAAACAUGAUUGACAUGCAGGUUUGCUUUGCUUGUAAUAUUUUAUCCAAUCAAAUUAAAGAACGUUGACGUCAGUGUUAAGCAUUGAACUAAAAAUAAUUAAUAUAGAUAUCGGCACUAAUUAAUAUAAUAUAGAAAAUAAAAAUAAGUUAUUUUUAGUUCAAUGGUGUUAAGACGCUUCUAAUUAGGUAUGCGACUUCGUAUCCUUUGUCAAGAUUUUUGUUUUCAGAAACCCAAAAGUAGCCUAGCAGUUUUGGAAAAAUAAGAUAACUUUAAAUUUUAAGACAUUUCAUCAUUUUUUGAACAAAAAUGAUUUUAGACAAUAAAUAGACAAUCCAUAUGUAUUAUCUUUCCUGCUUUCUUUCGAAAAACUGUCGACAUCAACCGACACGAACCGGUGACAUGAACGCAUCGAACUAUAAGCAUAGAUAUCUUUUACAAUUAGUAAAAUUGAAGCAAAGGUUAUUCCAGCAGUUACCCCCAUUUGAAUAGAUGGCGGCCAGGUUCGAGUUUCCUACUUGCUAAAAAACAAUAACUUUCAUCAUUUGAAUUGUUUGAAAACGUAUUUGGAAUAGGUUUAAGUGUAUGUUAAUGUUUUAGAAAUAAAAAUAAAAUACGAGUUUUCUCAUUUCAUGGGAAUAUCCCGAGUCUGCAAUCACGGCUUCAAUUUUUGAAUCGCAGAAUAAUUAGAUGCACUAUGUGGUGUAUAUAAUAUAUCUACGACUAUAAAUAAACUGGCUAACUCCUGUGAUGAAGUCCUAUUUUUAUUUGAAGCAGACGGCGGGAAAAUCAGCUUUCAAAAAAACUAAGGCGAGUUUCGAGGAGUGAAAAAAUUCGGUCAAAAGUUUAUUUUCAAGCAAAAAUAUCCAAGAAAAACAGUUUUUCCAUAGGAAUAAUGCAAUGAUUGGGAUUCAAACCAGGUUUUGCGAUUAGUUCCGACUGUUCUUCAUCUCUUUGCAGCAAAAAGUGAGGAGUUUUGGUUAAGGUGGCUCCAUACACUUUUCAUCAUUGGGGAACUGAUACCUAAUCUCGAGUUUUCGCGCGAAAAUGUUAAAAAUAUAUGAAAAAGUAAAUACAACUUUUUCAGUCUAAAGUCCGAACCAUAAGUCAUGUUUAUUUUGAUGUUUUGAGUCUUCCUUCUUCUCAUUUGUUCUCAAAGAGCAAACUUCGUCCUGAUUUUAUAGCUCUGAACAUGGAAUGACUAGUACAAUUUAAGACAAGAAGACAAUUUAAGGUAAAAAAUGCAAUGUUCAACGUUCAAACUUUUGUGAUAACCGGCGAUCGGCCCGACAGGCGAAAAGUUUUUUUACUCCAAUACUUGGCGAUUUAUAAGUUCAUAUCUUUUGUACUUACAACUGGUAAAUGUAUUCAAAGUGUUACUAACAGCAAAGGGAUUCAGCGAAACAGCAUCAUGCGCCGGAUCAAGCUGUUUUAACUUGUCAACAACAACAUGAAAACAUACAAGUUAGACCGAAAACGAAUAUAAAACUAUGUAGAAAAUCCAAAAAGUUCAUGCAUGUCACACAUAUCUUAUACCGAACGAUCGACGGUCACAUGUUUUCUUGGCGUUAUCCCGAGUUAGCAUGCAAAACUAAAUAUAUUUGCAAUUCUAAGCAAGAAAACACAAUAUAUAUUUGAUAUUUCGACGAGACUAAAAUCUUUUUUUGCGUGUUUUUCUGGAGAUGCGCCUGCAAAAAUAUGUACGCGCAUGUGAAUUCAUUGAUCUUGCAGUGUGUGAAAAACUUUGGCCGCGCGAAAUAAAACCGUGAUUAUUUCCAAAACGAGUUCGGUAAGUUACCCUGAAAAUUUGUACAUGAGUAGAUACGUACUUCAAGAUUUCAAGAUGGAAAAAUGAAAGAAAAUUGUCGACAGAAACUGUCAAAAAAGUCGAAGUUUAAAUCUAAAGAAUUGAGUCGACAGAUUUUUUAAACUUUCCAGAAAUGUUCUCGACACUAACGUAGCUGAUUUAUUAAAAAAAAAUGGAAAAAAAACCCUCGAAAAACUGCGAUAUUUUAGGCUAUUUAGUGUUACCAUUAUUUGUUAUAGUUGUCAUGGAAACGCGACUUUUAUCAGAAGUCUUCUUGUUUGCGACACGCGUCUUACUAUGUGUUACAAUUAUAAGUAAAAGUUAACCCUGUAAAAGCAUUUAAACAGAAAAUAUUCAACUUUCGCUGCUUUGGCUAAAAAGCGUAUUGAGCCACCUUAAUUUGUAUUUUGAAAAAAUGACGAAGUUUGGACGUGCCGAAUGGGAAACCUCUCUCUUCAACUCGGAAAAAUAUACCAUAAAACAUUUUGACAGUCCAAAAGCUUAGUAUGUACUAACCACCAGGUAUUAUUAUUUAUCCUGAACAUUAGUCUAUGUUUUAUUCCUUCUAAAACAUGAAUAAAUUGACUUUUUCAAGUGAUAUGAUUUUCGUCAUUAACCUUUAUUAGCCUUCAUCUGCGUCAUCGCAUCUUCAAGUUGGCAAUUUAUAUGAGCACGUAUAUGGCUGCAGUCAAACUAGCUUUUAUAAUGCUUAUUUAAAGUGCUACUGCAGCGAAUUUUUCGACCCUCAUUUUUUUAGCUUAAUUAAAAGUGCUUUCCUUCCUGACCUGUUUACCACAAACAGAAUUGAAAUUGGUCAAUUUGUCGUAAUCGCGCCUGACGCGUGCGCACGCACGCUAAGCGCUCUGGAAAAGUCUAGUGUUUUUUCCCCUUUAACACUCAAGAUUGGAUACAAAUUUGAGUAAAAGUUGUGGAUAAGAACAUUGUCUAAAGUGUCCUGAGGUUUGCGAUCGGUUUUUGUAUUUAUAUUUGACGAGAAAGUAACUAAUUUACGUGGAUUUGAUCACUGGAUCUGAAAUUGUAAUUAAAAUCGUUUGUUCAGUUGGUUAUACGCGUGAUCGUAUACAAUCGCCAUCAAUAUGCUGACGACAGCGCGCACUUUUAAACUAUGCGCGCGUGCAUCGCUAAUUAAUGGACGAAAUCGGACGCAAUUCGCCUGGAACUAUUUUCAAAAUUACGGGAUUUUUGACCUAAUAACUAACGGAGUGAAAUGUUUAAUUUUAAUCGUGACAAUUCUCUGGCUGUGUUUAAAACUAAGAAUUGAUCAUCCUUAUCAAGAAACCAGUUUAAAUGGAAUAAUUAUUAACUCUGAACUUGUUUCUUUACCGGAGAAUUUGUGCUGUAUUUGGGCAUCUACUCGGGAUUUUAAGCAAAGAAAACUUAACUACCCACACAACCAUCGCUACGGACUUGAACUACAAACUAAUCGUAAGUUACUUCAUGUCAUUUUAUGUAUUCUAUUGGCUGGGGAUGUGGCGACAAAUCCUGGUCCUUGCUCUUCUUUACCAAACAUCGUUAACAACCGAUCAGUGAAAUGUCUUGCACUUAAUGCUAGAAGCUUAACAAGCUUUCACGGAGCAAACAAUAGCGAAGGGGAUUGUAGUAAUAUGGAGCGCUUCCAGAACUUAGUGUACACUGAGGACAGUGACAUUGUCUGUGUGAACGAAACCUGGCUGAGGGAGGACAUUGGGCCAGAUAACUUAGAAAUUUUACACUCGGGCUACACGAUAUUCAGAAAAGAUCGAAAAUCUCGUGGAGGUGGAGUGUUGCUCGCUGUAAAGUCAUCUUCUUUUAAAUCUGUGCGAGAGAUCAAACACAACUAUAACAUAGAAAUUACGGUAGCUGAAUUAACGACUGCCUCUGAUAUGAAGUUACUUGUUGCUUCAUGUUAUCGUCCUCCAAACGAGGAUCAGACUUGGAUGGAAAGAUUUAACAACUUUCUAGGGGGUGUUUGCUCUAACCAUGCAAAUAUUGUACUCGCAGGAGAUUUUAAUCUACCACAGAUCUCAUGGAACUCGCCGGAAACAACUACGGGAGUCAGCGAGAGUACCUUCAUCGAACUUCUUCAUGAUUAUUUUCUCGUUCAACUAAACAACACAGCGACUAGAGGAGACAACAUACUCGAUCUCGUUAUCACGAACAUCCCCGAUCUGGUUAAAGUAUGUGAUGUCUGGUCUCCUGCAGAAGCAGAAAUCUUCACCGACCACAACGUCAUCAACUUCGAACUUUUAUUCCAUCCCAAACGUGCACCCAAGAUACAGAGAACUGUGUACGACUAUCGCCGCGGUGACUUUACUGCUCUACGAUCAGCUCUAGAAUCCUUAAACCUUUCCGCAACUAUCUCUGCUGACAGUGACAUCAACGAUGAUUGGAGAAAUUGGAGAAAUACUUUUGUCGAUACGGUGUCACACCACAUCCCAUCUACAAAGAUACGUGGCCGGAAUUAUGUGCCGUGGAUGAACAGCGACAUACUACACAAUAUCAAAAAGAAAAGUUCUCUACGACGUAAGCUGAAAAAAUCUAAAACACCAAAAGAGCAUCUUAAAGCAAAAAUCAAGGAACUUAGAGCUACCAUCAAAAAAAUGUUGCGUGAUAGUCGCUCAAGGUAUAUAAACUGUGUUUGUGCAGAUCGCAGCAAUCAUCCGAAGCGCUUUUGGUCGAUAUUCAAAUUGAAAUCCAAGGUUUGCAACGUUCCUGAGAAAGUGUCGAUGGCUGAAAGUGAAGGUGCAAGAACAUCUGCAGAAUCGCCAGAAGCCAUCGCAUCCAUCUUUAACACCUAUUUCACUUCAAUCUUCACCAGAGAUCAACCUAGCACGGAAAAAUAUUCGCGUACGAUCGACGAAGAUUGUGACCUUUCUACAAACACCACCUUGUUAGAAGACAUCACGUUAACACCAGAUCAUGUUGCUGCAGUCUUAAGAACUCUUGACAAAGAUAAAGCACACGGACCGGAUGGUAUCCCCGCUCGUCUACUUACAGAAACAGCGUCAGUAAUAGCACCAUCGCUUUGUGAUCUGUUCAACAAGUCACUGCGCACUGGAGUAGUACCGCGAGAAUGGAAACUGGCCAAUGUCGUUCCUGUUUUUAAGAAGGGAGAUAAAGAAUAUGUUGAAAAUUAUAGACCAAUAUCUCUGCUGUCUUUAAUAUCUAAAGUACUGGAACGCUGUUUGUUCGAAUGCAUCAAAGAUCGCGUGUUUAGCCAGAUUAAUCCUUGUCAACAUGGCUUCAUCCCAGGAAGAAAUUGCGUCACUCAGUUAAUCGAAGUGUUCGACACGAUUGGUAACUUGUUGGAUCGUGGUAAACAAAUCGAUGUCUUAUACCUGGACAUGUCGAAAGCCUUCGAUAAGGUGAGCCACACGCGUCUUCUCCUUCGUCUACGUGAUUUCGGAUUUAGUGGUAACAUCCUCAAAUGGUUCCAAUCAUACUUACAAGAUCGUAGACAACAAACGACAAUCCUUGGAGCAACAUCAUCUCCUACACCAGUAACUUCAGGAGUACCUCAAGGCUCAAUUCUUGGUCCACUACUGUUCUUGUUAUACGAAAACGACCUACCUUCCAGUAUC